GUUUUCGGCCUGUGCACCGCAGAAGAUCCGCGCGGACAAGAAUCUCUACCCGCUCCAGUCGCGUCAGUCGUCUCCUCCUCACUCAGUCACUCCCACUUCGCCACUUUCCCCACACCUCUCCUUCCAAUCCAAACCCUAGCUAGCGAGCGAGCUCGAUGGCCUGGGCGGCGGCUGCGCUGGUUGUCGCGGCGGCGGUAGUGCUGUCGCCGGCCUCCAUGGCAUCGGCGUCCAACUCCGAGGGCGAUGCGCUGUACGCGCUGCGGCGCGCGCUCGCGGACCCCCGGGGCGUGCUGCAGAGCUGGGACCCCACGCUCGUCAACCCCUGCACCUGGUUCCACGUCACGUGCAACCGCGACAACCGCGUCACCCGCGUGGAUUUGGGUAACUCAAAUUUGUCAGGCCGUCUUGUUCCUGAACUGGGGCACCUUGAGAACCUGCAAUAUCUAGAACUCUACAAAAAUAAUAUUCAGGGGACUAUCCCAGCUGAGCUUGGGAAUCUAAAGAGCCUAAUCAGCUUGGACCUGUAUAACAACAACAUCACAGGGACCAUACCGAAAGAACUUGGCAAGCUGAAAUCCUUAGUAUUCCUGCGACUUAACGACAACCAUUUGAGUGGUUCAAUUCCCAGGGAACUGACAAAAAUAUCUAGCCUCAAAGUGAUAGAUGUCUCAAACAAUGAUCUUUGUGGCACAAUCCCAACUAGUGGGCCUUUUGAGCAUGUACCCUUGAGCAACUUUGACAAUAAUCCAAGACUAGAAGGCCCAGAGUUGCAAGGGCUUGCAACAUAUGACACGAACUGCUGAAAGUGUCAAGCUACUCUCUUCACUUGAGCGAUACAGGUGGACAGCGGAUUAACAUUGUUGGAGUACCUGGUAAAGAAGUAAGCCUGAUAGCUUGUAGGCUUCUGGAAUGCUUGCAAGUGAAAAAAGGGCGCCCAGGUUUACAGGCUUCUAGAAUGCUUGCAAGUGAAAAAAGGGCUGCAGCUCAUUGGUGUAGAUAGUAUUUAUCGAAGGCACCUAGCGGUCAGUGGAAACCCUCCUGAAUUGAUGAUCCAGCGAAGUGCCGAUUUCGCGUACUGUAACGACUAAUAUUUAAUGCCAUUUUCAUUCACUCAUGGUUCGUGUAUCAUUCAAUAAUUUUCUGCUUUGGUCAAA